UUGUUAUCUGCAGAUAUUGCAGAUAAUUAUUUUCUGAAAUUAAGUAAGCUUCAAUUUGGGGAAGCAGGUGGAGGAUUUUGGUAAGUCACCCUGGAUGAGUCUGUAGGAGGUGCUCAUUUUGAAAUAAAGCCGUUUACAGUGUGCCGAGGAAGUGUAAUGGCGGAUGCAGAAAGUGCUCUUCAGCUCCCAGACAGGCUGAACGUGUUACGGGCGUUCGGCAGGAUUUAUUAUCCAUUCCAUUUCUCAUGCGGUGAAACGGCAAGCAGGAAUUGUGGGAAAGGAAAUGGAACGGUGUGUUACUUAUUAUUCUGUGGAGUUCCCCUGAGCCGCCAGUCCGUGGAAACCCACCCAGCAGCACAUUUAUGAAAAUAUUAAAAGGUGUGAAAUAAUAUGAAGUUUUCCAUUCCUUCGGUGUACGAACACACACACGCUGACUCUGCGAAGAGGAAGCACUAAACCUAUGGGCCUCAAGUUACUGCCCUGAUUCCUGCGUUGCCUCAUUCCACGUUGCUGGGAAACAAAUGAUUUUUUGUGUAUUUAUUUUAUCUGAGCAUGAUGAGUUAUUAAAAUGCUAAUAAUGUUUCUCCAGAAACCUAGCUGAUUUCUCAGGUACAGUGGCAGGGUCAUUCAGGAAGGUUGCACCCCACAUUCCAGAUGGUGUCGUUCACAUAUCCUAUACAGUGUAUGUGUUAGCUGGAGGAAUAUGCAGUCAUAUGGGCUAAUAAUAUACUGCACCCCUGCAUACAGAGCUGAUGUAGCAAGUUUGCAGUCACUGGUGAAAGGCACAGUUGAGUGAAUGUUGGUACAGGGACUUGGUUCCCAGAACCUGGGAGAGGUGACCAGUCCUGACCUAGGGCAGUGAACAGUUAACCCCCACUCUUCUCCCUGGACUGUUUUUUUGGUAAUGGGAGGGCAGGGAGCUUGGAGUCAGACUAUUUCAGCUGACCUGCCUCAGAAGUAUACAGCCCUGUGUUUGUGCAGAGUUGACUUUUUGAGGCAGGUUGGUACUCUGGGGUGUUGACAAAGUCUGUAUUGUACAGACACUACCCUCUGUGCCCCCCCUUCCCCUCCCACCCACUUUUCCCCUUUACUCUCUCUCUCCCUCUCCCAUUCCCGCUCUCUCCCUCUCUCUCUCGCCCUCUCUUUUCCCUUCUUUAACGCAUGCUUUGGAAUCAGCAGAGAUUCCCUGCAGACUUGAAACAGGAACCAUGGCUCACUGCAGCAUCCACAGCCUCUUCAUGGUUACACUCCUGGGCGUGUGUCUGACUGCUGCUCGGACAGAAACUGUGGCUGAUCUGUCUCCAACUACACAAAGCGAGAGCCUGGAGACAUCAUCAGGGGGAGGGGCAUAUGAUUUGACUACAAAGGACCCUUUCCAUGACCUCACAGAAAAUGCCUUUACCUUGGAAUAUGAAGAUACCACCCACUCUGAGCCUAUCGAUGGGGAGGAUGGAGUGCUGGGUCCUGGUGCUAUUGCUGCCAUUGUGAUUGCCGUGAUCCUGGGGGCCUCUGUGCUCAUUGCCCUUAUCGUCAUCACACUCAAGAAGUUCACCACCGCAUAGAGCUGCCCCUCAGCCCCCUCCCUCACACAGCUCAUGGAAAACCACACAGGGGCCUCAUUAACUGACUCCUCUUUCUUGCCUGAGGUCUGAUGUACAGGAAGCUCUCCAGGACACUAAUAGUCUUUGGUCAAUGAGAAUGUUUGCUAAAAAAGGAGAGCCUACUGCAUGUGAAGCCUGACUGGUUCCUAGGGCUUGAGAUGACUAGGCCCUGUAGAACCUGGAUGAUUUGUCCUUCUGUAGAACCUGGAGAACUAUAACUUCCAUGUGGAUUCUAGAACCUCAUACCCUAGCCAAAUUCCUCUUCUAAAAUUCAAAUUUCCUUUAAAGAAGUCACCUCAGUAGUUUCAUACCAGUACCCAAAUAAUAGUGCAAUACUGUGGGUGUAGUAAAAUUGAGUAUCUAACUUAAGGGUUCAAAAUAUGUAUUUACUAAUUCAUUUUUUAAAACAUACUUCCAGAUUGGCGAUGUGCUUUAUCAUACAACUAUGUCCUUGCUCUUGUACAUGUGGACCGUAGUGUGAAUAGUCCCCUACUGGACACUACAGAAUGUGUUUCCAGGUGAGUGGUUCUCAAAAUUCAAUUUACCUCAUGAAACUGAAUCAGGGGACAAAAAAGAAAAAAGGAUGGAAUAAGGCUUUAUAUUCACCUUAUGGACCUAGUUGUCUUCACGUGUAAGAUCUUGGUUAUUAAAAAUGUCAGAGGGACAGAGUAAGCCAGCUGGAUGUCCACCCUGCUGUAUCAGGUUGCUAGUGUAUGUUCAAAUAAGGAAAGUCUGAAGUAAUCAUGGGAGAGUUUGGGAGUUGUGUUGCCGCUGUUACUGUAUAAGGAGGCAAUUAGAAUGCAAUACAGAGCUCUACCUGGCUCAGUUGAUUCAAACUACCAUUUUACUGAACAAACAGUAAUUUUCAUUAGUGAAUCUGUCGCUUAUUGUCAUUUUUGAUGAAAAAUGCUGGCAUUGAAUUGAUUUUCUGUAACAGUUUAGGUGCAUUUUUUCUGUGUAAAUAUUUGUUUUGUAAAAUAAGUGAUCAGUUAGGAAAGUGUGGUGUUCCUGUUCUUGCAUACUGGUCAAUGUAAGGGGUGGCAUUUGUGGAUGUUUCAGAUUACAUCAAUCAAAAUUCAGGCAAAUCUUGUGUAGAACCAUUUAAAAGCAGUCACUUUACAAUGCACAAUUACCCAGGAAUAAAAAAGAAGCCAAUUGAGCCAAUGUGGGAGAAAUGGUAAUUACUCCUAACCUCUGGAAAUGGUGAUGUAGGAAAGAAUAUUGAAAAAGAGAUGUAGAAGCAAAGUAAAUAAAAAGCUUUUAAAAACAACAAAAUCAUUCUCUGAAUUGCCACAUAGUUACCUAGUGGUUUUUGAUAGUGGGAGAAAAUGGACGACUGUUUGCCAUUACAUUACAUUACAUUACAGGCAUUUAGCAGACGCUCUUAUCCAGAGCGACUUACACAACUUUUACAUGGCAUUUUUUACAUUGUAUCCAUUUAUACAGCUGGAUAUAUACUGAAGCAAUUUCGGUUAAGUACCUUGCUCAAGGGGACAACGGCAGUGUCCUACCCAGGAAUCGAACCUGCGACCUUUCAGUUACAAGCCCAGUUCCUUACCCACUGUGCUACACUCCGUCCAUAUAUAUAUGGCUUUCGUCUGACUUCAAGACUGGUGCUUAGGUCGUACAAGUUGGCAGGGAUCUCCCACCUUCUUGGGGCUAAUUGACUGUUGUGUCUAUUGUAUGUAGAUUUCUGUCUCCUGCCUGAUAUGCCUUGCAAAAUUGACAUAAGACUUCUUUCCAGUUUAAUGUUUAGGGCAAAGAAGGAACCCAAGAUUUGCAGAACAUUCCAAAAAGUAUCUGACAAACAUCUGGUAUCUAAUGUAAGCUAUGUAUAAACUACAAGACAAAAUAACCAGGGUAUCCAACUCUCUCACAUUCACCUUAAGGACCCUAACAAAAUUGUAUUCUGGGAGUUUGAAACUUGCCCCAGCUGCAACUGCUGUUUAUGUUUUUGUUUUUGUUUCCUUAUCUGCAUGAAUUUACAAAAUGUUUAAUUAUUUUAAUAGCUGAGGCCUUUACAAUGUCAUACCAUAAUCUAUGUUGCAAUUCUGUGUCCAGUUGAAAGCUUUAUUUUGAAGUAGAUGCCAAAGAAAGUCUGUGACAACUGUUAUAUCAACCAGUUUCCCACAUAGUCUAUAAUGGGAUAGGCUGUGGGUAUAUAUUCCUUUCAUGAGGAUACAUCAAUGAUGUUGAAAAGAGACCUGUGGUCAUAGAAACUCAUUGUACUCUACUGGUAAAGAAAGAGGACCACUGAGUUACAUGCCUUAUGGUGUUGUACUCAUGUAAGGACUAUUACUGCAUUAUUCAAUCCCCCACCCCCCCACCCCCGGCUAAUUGUGGCAUUUUGCUCUGACCUGGCACUCAGAUCAGUACCCAUACUGCUGGUGAGCUUGUCUGGAAAUGGGUCCUUGUUGCUUUGUUUUUUCCCCCUUUUGUAUGAAGCAUUUUGCAAGCCUUCAUAUUUCAUAUUUUAAUAAGAGGUUUAACUCCUUUGGUUGGCCACCAAAAGUAUGCCCAGCUACAUUCUCAACAAUAUUGCCAUUUGCAUUGGGCUUCAAUGAGUAAAAGAAUAACAACACAAGACCUACUAUUAUUUGGCUAUACUAACAUCUGGCACCCAGACUAGCCACUUGUUAUAUGUCAUAACAAACUCCACAAAAUUCCUAACAUUUCUAUAGCAUUAUAUUUAAGGAAUACAACCAUUCUCUGUUUCAGAUUUGUUUUUGUUUUUUUAUUAACAAUAAAUUACUUCUUACAAAAUGAAAUAA